UAUGUGGAGAAGCAGAAGAUGGUGAAUUUCACAGAGAACGCAACUGAGAGGUGCAGCAUUAAUCAUGAUAUCCACCAGAUAUUAUCCCCUGUGGUGUACAUAUUUGUGUUUGUAUUAGGCUUGCCAGCUAACUGCCUGUCACUGUACUAUGGGUAUUUACAGAUCAAGGCUAAAAAUGAAUUGGGCAUCUACCUUUGCAAUUUGACGGUAGCAGACCUGCUCUACAUAUUUUCUUUGCCCUUUUGGCUUCAGUAUGUUUUACAGCAUGACAACUGGAUGUACAAAGAGCUGCUGUGCAAAAUUUGUGGCAUCCUCUUGUAUGAGAAUAUCUAUAUCAGCGUGGGCUUCCUCUGCUGCAUCUCCAUUGACCGCUAUCUCGCAGUAGUGCACCCUUUUCGGUUUCAACAGCUUAGGACAAUGAAGGCUGCUGUAGUUGUGAGCAUCAUUAUCUGGACCAAAGAAAUAAUGACAUGUGGCUUUGUCUUUAAGCACGGGGAGAUCAGCAUGGACGCUGAGAGCCACCUGGUGUGCUUUGAGCAUUACCCCAUCAAAGAAUGGGAGCGCAAUGUCAAUUACUAUCGCUUCUCUGCUGGCUUCCUUUUCCCCUUCUUUCUGCUGGCCUUCUCUUACUGUGGGAUUUUACGAGUUGUCCACAAGAGUCAUGGCACUCAAAAGAAGAAGAAAAUCCAAAUUAAACGACUGGUUUCAAGCACUGUUUUCAUUUUUUUAGUUUGCUUUGCACCAUACCACAUCCUUCUUGUCGUUCGCAGCUUGCUGGAGAACAACUGCUCGUUUGCUGAGAAAAUAUUUAACAUUUACCAUGUUUCUCUCCUGUUAACUACUUUUAACUGUGUUGCUGACCCAGUAUUGUACUGUUUUUCCAGUGAAAGCACUUACCAGAACUUUGCCAAGAUGCGAGACUCUUGUUUAACAUAUUUAGGGUGUCUGAGGACUGAGACUAAAGAAUCCUAUCCACUGAAUGCUUCAGAAACUCCCAACAGGCCACAAGAGCAGGAGGAACAACCAGGAUUAGUACAAAUAUUACAUGAUGAUACUGGAAUGAAGGACUCUUCCACAACUAAUAUGGGCAGCCUAUAG